GGGAGGAGUUGCCACUUGCCGCCCGAUUGCUUACUUCGGAAAAGUAGUGCUUGGAGGAAAACAACCCGCGUUUCAUCUCUCUUUGUCCCCACGACCUCAUGUAAUCUACUGAAAGAUGGCGGAAAUUUUCGGACAUGCCAAGAAUCCGUUCAAUCUCCCUUCUUCUUCGAGUCGUUUGGGUGCACAUUGAAACUUCGAGGCCUGCUUAGGUUAACCUAGCCUAGUUUAGCCGCUAACUAAGAGAACAAACAACACGCCUGGGAUCGACACCUCGCCGAGCAAGCAAACAUCAAGUCCCAAAAUGUCAGGUUUCAGAGAAUGUCUUGGUCCUGAGCGGCAGGAGUCAGCGUCUCCUGGCGUUAAAGAGGAAGUUGAGCACCCACAAAUGAAAAAGGAAGAGCCAGAUGGCCCUCAACAGCAAAAGAGAGAAGAGGUACUUCCAAUCAAAAAGGAGGAGGUAGAGCUACCAUACGUUACAGAGGACGACGAUAUUGCCCGGCCGACUGGUGAGCCUUUGAAGAGUGAAUCCAGCAGAGAAGCAGAGCCUCCAAGCGGCAGCAGCAGCUCAACAGAAGGAUUGCAAGUGGACACUUUCAUAGCGCCAAUAUCAGAUAGCAAAGACGCCAUGUCACACUCGUCUGCCAGUGAUGAUGAAGGUCAUAAGAAAGUUUACAGUGACGACAAACGCAAAUGCUCUAAGUGUGGGAAAACCUUUGUGAAUAAGUAUACUUGUCGUCGGCAUAUGAGGAGCCACACUGGAGAAAAACCCUUUUCCUGUUCAGUUUGUGGUCAAAGAUUCUCUGUCAGGCAUGACUUAAUAGUGCAUGCAAGAAGCCACACUGGAGAAAAACCUUUUUCCUGCUCAAUUUGUGGCCAAAGAUUUACUCAUAAGAGAGGCCUAACACAACACACAAGAACCCACACUGGUGAAAAGCCCUUUUCCUGCUCAGUUUGUGGCCAAAGAUUCUCUUUAAGGGGAGGCCUAAAAACACACACAAGAACCCACACUGGUGAAAAACCAUUUUCCUGCGUAUUUUGUGGCAAGAGAUUCAGUUGCAAGAGCCACCUAACAACACACACAAAAACCCACACGGGAGAAAAACCUUUUUCCUGCUCAGUUUGUGGCCAAAGAUUCUCUCAAAAGGGAAACCUGAAACAACACACAACAACCCACACUGGAGAAAAAUCUUUUACCUGCUCAGUUUGUGGUCAAGGGUUCACUCUAAAGCAAAGUUUAAGCAGACACACAAAAACCCAUGCUGGAGAAUAACCUUUUUAUGUUCAACGUGUGGUCAAGAUUCAGUAGCAGCAAGAGCACCUUAAAAACACACAUAAUAACCCACACUGCUGAUUUUUUUUUUCUUUUUCUUUUAUGUGGUCAGCGAUUCAAUCGGAAGGAUCAGGUCAAGAGACACGUGGGUCUGUGUGUUGGUGUGAGAAGCGGUGGCCAAGGACUGUUUUGCCUGUCAUUCAGUUCACCAGUUUUUGCAUGCAAGAAAAUUUUAUUCUGUGGUCUUUCCUCAAAUCCUGUUGCGGAUAUAUAGUUUUGGUGCAAUACGUGUGCUUUGUCAGAUCCUUGUGUUAAGUGUAUUCACACUAUUGUCAAAAGAACUGUCUCACCUGAUUUAGAAUAAAUAUUAAUUCAGAUUAAUUCAGAUGAUUAAUUCGCUUGAUACUUGGCCAGGACGAUCCGGCAAAAAAAAAAAAAUGUAGCACUUUUUUUUUCUCACAUUAUUCGAUCCAUAUUCUAUGCACGAUUUUGUCUGUUUCCUGUUUUUUUUUUUUUUUUAAUUAAAUGAUACUGCUAAUUUUGAAGAAUCUGCAUUGAAAGUAUAAGAACCUAAAUCAGACCCACCUUGAGGCCACUUUUCCUGUCAUGUUUUCUAUGUCUCCCACAUCCAUCAUGUAAGGGGAUAGAAACAGAACUGUCGCCCGAGACUGCAUAACCAGACCGACAAAACUUUUCACUGCUUAGAUCGAUGACCAAAAAGUCGAUGACUCAAUGCCGCAUACAUGGAACCUGGAAUGCCUGUAGCUGUACAAGGUUAAAACCACACUAUGAGAACUUUGUUGCAAACUGUUGAGACUGCCAUAUUAAAAGGGCUGGAAAACCAACUAAAACAUUUGACAGAGGAAAUAACACACUGUAGCCAUGAGUUCAAGCUUGACCUCGCACACUCACUCACACACCAAGGCAAGUGGCUAUUUAUUAAUGAACAGCACCUGACACAAAUCACCUAUGCCCACGCCCCUAGACAAUUAGGCACAAGAGCACAUUCAAGAACAACAGUGUUCAACACCCCCACUUGUUCUUAGACUGAUUGAUACAAUAAUUGUGAAAUACAUCAGACACCAAAACUGUGUGGGUCGACAGAGCUCAAUAUUUUGUUGGGGUGUACAGUGUACUGGAACAUAUUUCCUCCACACCCUUCUCACCUUUUUAACCCCUGACCCAUUUUAAUGCCUGAAAAAGAAAAUGCAUAAACCCAUCGAGCUUGGCCUUCGUUACAGGCUUUGUCAGAACAUCAGCUACCAUGUGCAGGCAUGAAAAUCUCUCACCUUUCGGCGAAAUUCGCCGUUUUGAAGUCAAAAAGGGCGACCUACGUGAAUUGCGUAGA